AUGGCGGAUAAGGGGUUGUGCGGCGUAUGUGGGACUCAAGCAAAAAGUCUAUGCUCGAGGUGCAAGCAGGCGGCAUAUUGCACAGCAGAGCAUCAGAAAAAGCAUUGGAAGCAACAUCGUCAGGCGUGUAUACCACACGGGGCAGCGCUCGUCAGGAAAGGCAUACUUCUCCCUGCCGACUCGGAAAUCCCUGAGAUCGUGCACGUCGCAUGCGAGGUGGCAGAGCCAGAGGACGACUACCCCGAACCAACGUGUCACCUUGUUCGCCGAGGAGAAUUCAUCGGGCCUGCAUCCGCCUUCCGUCGUUUCUACGGGAUUGAGUUCGAGCGAUUUGGGCCGCCUUCGCGGCGUCUCAGCCAAUACCUCCAGCUCGGUUUCAACGACGAAUUUCUUGUCAACGGAUCGCGCUCCAAUAAAUGUGUACGCGCUCUCGUACCCGAUGCUCCUCAUGAUUGGCGGGGUAACAUGCUAGUCAUGAAGAACGUCGGCCAGACGGUCGAUGGAGAGUUCGAGGACGCGACUCUUGCCGACCUGGGUCCCGUUAAAGGCUAUCUUUCUCUCUAUGGUAUAAACCGGUGA